AUGCCAAGGCGCAUCGGUCAUGACGCUGGGAAAUUGCAUGCAUUUCUGGAGCUGCAGUCGAGUAAUCAACCCAUGUCAGGAGAUGAGCAGAGACUGUAUGGACAUAAGGACCUCAGUCUGAAACCCGAACAAAACAGACAAUCCUGGUCUAACUUCAGAUACAUGUUUCUAGUCAGCGACAGAGCAAGACUUAGUUCUCCUUUGCUCUCCACGAAGCGCUAUAAUACACCCAUGAGGAAAAAUCGAGAUGCGCGCAAUCCAUACAUACCAGUACCCAACACCAGCUAUACACACGAACAGGACCAACACUAUAUAGAGUCUACACGGCCGCAACUAUCCCAACCAGCUCAUCCGCAUCAUGGAUUGGACUGUUACGACUCCACUGAUCAACGGAAGGCCUCACCCUUCCCGCUUAGCCAGGCGCUGAUCUCAUUCACUCAAUCGAUUGUUUUGAUCUUGACGGCAUGUCCCGAAUCACGAGCGGAAAUGAGGCUGCAACGCGUGCACUUCACUCGCGCUCCUCGUAACAUCUGGACUGCCUGGGUUCAAAACCCUCAUCUUACCAGAAAUACGUUUCUGCACCUUUGCUCGAAGUUGGCGUACAGCUGUUUCUUCGACUCUUGUGUCAUUCAACCAUCCUCUGACCCUUACAAGAACUUUUUCGACAGGCAUAUUCCAACAAUCCACGAUGCCGAGACGCAAGGCUACGGUCGACGCUCGUCACGAAUCGCUGGGCUGAAGCGUGAAGAACCAGACACGGAGAAAGUCACCAACGGGACCAGGGCGACUCCCAGCUCUAUCAAAACCACCAGCCAGGAAACCCAAGCUGUCGGACCAGUGACGCCGAAUGGGUCAGAUGCUUCUCAGAAGGUCUUCGGCGUGCCGGAGCUCUUGUCGAUGAUACUGGGCUAUCUCGAUCUUGCAAGCCUCGCGAGGCUCCUACCAACGAACAUCCUCUUCAACCAUCAGGGGAGGAGCGCGCCACAGUUGAAGCCGAUAUGGUUUCUGUCGCCAACUCACGAGGAGCCAGUCCGGUACUGCGUGAGUCGCACGCAGGAGAUUCGUCAGCUCGACGCUCUGUCGGGCGAUGUAGCGCAAGCGAACGAAGAAGUCGUCGCUGUCUACCAGAUCAAUCCCAUUCUGGAAGUACCCCCAGACGAGGACGCCAUCGACUCGGCUUCCGAGCAGGAAAGGAUCCUCUCGUUGGAAGGACACACAGACAUCGAAUUUCCAUAUCAGCUAGUCGACAGUUCGAGAUGGAUCAAGAUUCGUGACAUGCAACUCACCAAGCCAGCGAUCCAGGACAUACAGUUCAACUACGCGCCGGAUGAUGAAGAUGCCGAGAAGGUGAACUUGGAAAUCACUAACUCCAACGGCAUCACCAUUGGCAACAUCAUGAACAGCGUCGCGGCAAGAGGCGACGCUCCUAACACGCCGUUCCUCAAGGCUCGCUUGUGGCAUCAUGGAGACAAUAGAGUCACUGGCACGGCAUUAAGGAACAUCCUUUCUGGAUUCCGCCCAAACGAGUUGGGCAGGCCGAUGCUGCUCAUGCAGACGAUCACCAUGGCCGAGAUUCACCGGACAUACAUAAGACGCCUUUCGAAUGCCAUGCUGUCUGGCCGCGGACGUCAUGGAAAGCGUUGUGAACAUUUUGCUUUGUUGCGAUGGGACCCCACGUUCGGACUAAGGGUGUCCAGGUUACACAAUGCGAGCACUGGCACACAAUGGGAUUGUAAAAGAUCGAUGGAAAUUUUCCACACUUCUGGCCUCUCUCUCUCUUCACAGACUCUCUUAAUGAGCACACUGGAUUACGACUCUCCACUUGAGACUCCCAACGGUGUCACUCAACUCACGCAUUUGGAAGCCAGCCUUGCAUCAUCACCCACUCACCGAAAAGAGACCUCCUCGACCAUCAAUAUGAAGCAAUCAGCUUCAGACUUCCUGGCGGGCUCCGCCAUCAAGAGAACCCGCACAGAGCCGCCGCCACAAGACAAGCACAUGACAGAGGAUCAUCUCCAAGCUACAACAGCUGCAAGCAGUGUCACCAAUACCGCUGAGCUUGUGGAGGAGAUCCUUCUAAAUCUCAGUCUGCAUGAUCUCGCGACGGCACUCCGGACCAACCACUUCUUUAGGAACGUGGCGUUCGGAUCAGUCAAGAUCAAGCAAGCACUCUUCUUGCUCCCUGCAGCUGACGAUGCCGUGCAGUAUCUGGUUGACAGUUCCGAAGGUGAGAUUGUCGCGAUCGAUUCGAAAUCGCCUCCGCCAGCACUUAACGUGCAUCAGACGAUACUGACAGCGCACCUACUGAACCCUGUUCUCAAGAUUGACCAGAGCAAGCCUACCAAUACUCCUCAUGCAUGCAGCUACCUCAAACACGAAGACAAGAUCACGUACGGCAGACACAUCCUCCUACCGUACCACGCCUACGCCCAAUCGAACCUUCGAGACAUGCUCGUCCUCCAGCCGCCAGUCUCGCAUCUCAGCUUCACAGCCAAGCCUGACCCAAGUGGCCCCGUCAUCAAUGUUAACGUUACUAACGUCAAUGGCGAAUGGUUGGGAACCUGCAGUUCCUCGCCGGUCUUCUUCGGGCCAAUGGUGUUUGCAUGGCUACUUCAGAAGAACUCAGCCAGCUUGCAAGUAUGGUGGGUAAGUGCUGUCCUAUGGGAAAGAAGUUCAUACGUGAAGCUCCUGGACGUAGCACUGCCUGAUGUGGAAGAAGUCUGUCGUUUGACGAUUCGCUGGCCAGCAAUGCUAGACACUGGUAUAAAGCAGUUCAAAACUGACGACUCGCUGAAAUUAGAUACAUUGGCAGACUUUGGUUUUCUGGCGUCGCCGUUGGCGUUCAACGACUUCCAUAGCAUGAUUUUGGCUUUUAAACAGCUGCAAAACGGUAUUUAG